AAGCGAGGGGGUCUUGAUUCUGUCUGAAAUUAUUGUUUGCCUCUUCCCCAUAGCUGGCAUCUCUCCUCUUGAAGCAUGGGUCAUAUAUUUUUGACAUCCGUCGUCGUGGUCUUCAGUGGGGCCCUCGUCAUGGUGCUGGCUCAAGUCCCUGAGGUUCCUGUCAAUGGGACCGUACCACAACUGCCAGGAGGACUUCCAGUUAAUACCACAGUUCCAGAGUUGCCAGGAGGACUUCCUGUAAAUACCACAGUUCCAGAGUUGCCAGGCGGGCUUCCCGUCAAUACGACUCUUCCGGUUACACCCCCACCUCUUAAUGGCACCCUCCCAAUCGGGUCCCUACCGACUAUCCCCCCAGUCAAUACGACUUUGCCAAUAGGAACCACCCUCCCACCUCUGAAUGGAACACUGCCAGGUGGGAUCCCGACACUCCCUCCACUGAAUGAAACUGGUGGCCUUCCCAUUGAACUUCCUGCUGGUUUCCCAGAAUUUGGAUAAGUUAUCGCCAGCGUCGCGUGUUACAUAUUAUUCACAGUUUCUGAUAUCCUAUCUGAUAGAUCGAACUCAGAACGACGAUAAAUAAA